UGUAUGUCUGGUGGAUUCAUGGCAUUCUCUAUGUGGUGUAAGACUCCUGGUACGUUUGGUCCUCUCGGUUUGAAUCCACUGGGCAUGCAUCCGAAAUUAUCACUUUAUGUCAACAUGCAAUAUGGUUCAUCUACAUCGUCUACAAUCAAUAUGUCAGAACAUGCAACAAGAAGGAGCUGUACACUGGAUACGUUGGUUAAAAAGUUUCAUUUGAGUGUUAAAAAUUUUAAAUGUUUAUUUAGUCAUUAGAAGUUCUAAAACAGUAUAGGGGAGGGUUUUUGAGUCUUUAGUAGACAUUUUUGUCAAGUUGAAUUUUUGAAGAAUUUGGGGGUUUUCUGAGUCUCUGAGCAGAGAUACGGACUUCUAAGUGUGUUUUUCGGAUUCCUCGACCAAACUUUACCCCCCUUUAAUAAACCCCCAAAUUU